UGUUAUUUAUGACAUGCUUAGUUCAUACAUUUGCUCUACCUGGCCCUGGAUGUUCUCUUCCUGCUCUUUCAUUAGUUUUAAUCUCUUUUUUUAUUUCUCGUGCAUUGUGUUGGAUAUUAUUUCUAUUUAAAAUACAGGGAGCAAGCUUUUUCCCUCUCACUAGUUCGAGUGUCAGGGGGCAGGUGUCCAGACCGACCUCCUUUGAUUGGUCAAAGGUUCGCUGCCCUCUGAACAGUGCCCGCCCCCUGUCUCUACAGAUUUCAGAGAUGGCAGCUGAAACCAUAAUUCACCCGUACUGGCCCAGGGAUCUGUCCAUUCCCAACUACACUGAAAAUGAGCGCUCCAUGUUGGAGAUUGUCACUUUCCUGUUCUCUGUGUCAGGACUGUUGAUGUUGUUAGCUUGGACUUUGACAGGAAAGAGCGUUGGUGGAGGAAGACUGGGUAGCUGGAGAAGGUUAGCACUAUGCUGGUUUACCGUCUGUGGCUUUAUUCAUGGUGUCAUCGAGGGCUGGUUCUCUCUCUACUACGCCAUCAUUCCAGCAGAUCAGAGCUUCCUUUCUCAACUGUGGAAGGAAUAUUCAAAAGGUGACAGCAGAUAUGUCAUAGCAGAUAAUUUCACUGUGUGCAUGGAGACAGUGACUGCAUGUCUAUGGGGACCUUUCAGUCUGUGGAUUGUUGUGGCUUUCUUGUAUAAUCAUUCCUACAGAUUUGUUCUGCAGCUCAUUGUAUCUCUAGGUCAGCUGUAUGGAGCAGUGCUGUAUUUCUUCACUGAACACAGAGAUGGGUAUUUGCACAGCGAGUAUGGACACCCCAUCUAUUUCUGGUUCUACUUUGUCUUUAUGAAUGUCCUAUGGAUCGUGAUCCCUUUCACUCUUAUCAUGGACUCAUGGUUCCAGUUGAGUAGCACCCAAGCCUUGUCAGACAAAACCGUUCCUAAAAGAAAGACGAAAUAAAUGCAAAAAAAAUUUUUUUUGAAAAGGUAAAUACAUUACUGUGCACCGUUCUAGGUGAUGUUUGAAUGUAAUGAUGGUUAUUUUAUAUUAUAUUCCUAACACUCUAUGGGUAUACACAAAAUGUUCAAUAUUUUUUGCUUCAUGCCAUUAAAUUUAAAUGUUUUACCUG